UCGGCAAGUUUGGGGAUUUUGACAGGGGAGGCGGAGCCCACUGCCAAGAGAAAGUUGCGCCUCACUUGCGGACUUUGUUGAAAUUUCACACAGAUCAGAAGGCGUUUAUUUUCUUUUUGCUAUUAUCACCAAUCUACCCAAAAACUGCUACCUAAAACUUGCAAUUGCUAUUUUCAAAAAAAAAACUUGGAAUUGCAUUUUCCCAUUGAAGCAAUAUAAUCACAGAUCUGGAGAGAUGGCUUAUGUUGCUUUAACUUCUCUAAAGACAACAAUUGAGCUUCACUUUCUUCAACCCAUCCCAAGAGUUUCUUUUCCUGAUGAUGAUCAAACACCACCCAUCUAUUCUUUCUAUGAAAACCUUUCUUCUUUGCAGGCCUUUCUGGAAAACAAAUCCAGUGUCGGUGGUGGUGCUGCAAUCAAACAUUUUGAAACCAUAUUAAGAGACUUUGCACUCAAAGUUGAAGACGAGAUCGAAAUGCAAGUGAGCAACUUUGUUGUGGCUAAGGCCAAAGACGACGACACAGUGCAUCAAGAAGCAGCUUUCCAGCAACUCUGUCAAAUCUUGCAACAAGCACUAGAAAAGACUACAGAUGUGGUGGAGAUUAUCAACAGCCUAAAGAGACAGAAUGAUGAUUUAACUUAUCUCCAGAGAAUAAUAGAUCAUCAUAUCAAGUCUUCUUCUAUACAAUCCAACGCGAGGAGGGAGGUUUAUGAUCAAAUUCCAACCCUAUUCAAAUCUCUCAUUCAAACUCUUUCUUCUUUGCGGCAUUAUAUUAUUGGUGCUCCUGCAGCUGCAAUCAGAAUAGAUUUUGAAACCAAAAUACAUGAUUUAGCUGUAGAUGACAUCAAGAUACAACUCAGCAGUUUUCUUCUGGCCAAAGACACAGUACAUGAAGAAGAAGCUUUCCAGGAAUGGUGUCAAACCUUGCAACAAGGAGAAGAAAUGAGGGUAGAGCUCAUCAAUAAAGAAAAGGAGAGACAGAAGACUUGUGGAUGUUGUGAUGAUUUAAUUAAUCUCUUGAGAAGAUUAAUGGAUCAUGGUUAUCUUAGGCCGUCAUCUUCAACCACACCCAGCGCAUGGGUGCCUGACGACCUUCAAACACAACUUGAAUCUCUCCAUCAAAAUCUCUUUGCUUUGCAAGAAUUUGUACUGAAAUCCAAGUUUGGUGGAUCCAGAGCUGAAAUCCAAAUCAGACACUUUGUAAUCAAAGCUAAAGAAGACAUCAAAACACAAUUUAGAAACUUUUGUGUGGCCAAAGAAGAGCACCGCCUGCCAAACCAAGCUUCAGAACAACUCUUUCAAACCUUGCAUCAAGUAGCAGAAAACGCAGCACAGCUGUUGAGCACUAUCCACAACACAAGAAGCAAUGAUCCAAAGCUUGAGGAGGGCAGAAUAAUGGUGGGUCGUCAAAAUGACGUUAGUUUCAUCAAGAAUCGACUCUUCAGUCGCUUUCAUGGUGUCAACGUAGUCCCAAUUAUUGGGAUGCCAGGCAUAGGGAAGACUACUUUAGCAAGAAAAAUCUUGAAAGAUCAAUCAAUUGCAUUGAAUUUCCAGGUGCGAGGAUGGGCUACAGUGACUCAAAAUUACAAUAAGACCAAAGUGCUACGCGACCUUCUCCAGUCAAUUUCACCAAAUCAUGAAAUUAUAAAGAAAGUCCCUCUUUGUGAGCAGGUUCGUGAAUGCUUGAAGGGAAAGCGGUAUCUAAUUGUUUUGGAUGACAUAUGGAGCACUCAGCAUUGGGAUGAAUUACAAUACUUUUACAGCAAUUCUGCAGUGAAUGGAAGUUGCAUAUUGCUGACCACUAGAUUCUAUGGAGUGGCUGAUCAUGCUUGCACAAUCAAAGGCACACAUCAUGUUAUGAGUUUACUAAAUCCAAAUGAAAGUUGGGACCUAUUCUGUACUAUCUUUCCUCUUCAAAGGUAUAGGGCACCAAGUUUUGGAAAAUUCAGGAGUGACAUGUUCCAUGUUGUGGAAAUAUGUGAAGGAUUGCCACAAUCAAUUGUUGUAGUUGCGAAGCGCUUAUCUGAAUGCAAAACCAACAUACAACAUGAAUUGAAAAAGAUUGAAAAGGAAAUAGAAUUGUUGGGAAUUCUAGAUUAUAGUGCACUCAUUCUAAUGUACAACCAGCUACCAGAAUAUUUGAAAGGAUGUUUUUUAUAUCUUGGAGUCUUUCCAAAGCGCAGUGAGAUCCAAGUUAAAAUACUUCUUAGGUUAUGGAUUGCUGAAGGAUUUGUGAAGCCAUCGGAGAAUAAGGAGUUGGAAAGGAUUGCUUAUUGUUACUUAAAGGACCUCAUUAAUACAAGUCUUGUGUUAAUAAGCAAACAGACUUUGGAUGGAAAAAUUAAGACUUGUAGGGUGCACAGUGUCAUGCAUAACAUAUGUUUCAGAGAGGCUCAAAAAGAGGGAAUUUUAUGUGCAGUAAAUACUCGGCUACUCCCAAGGUGGUCAUUAAAUGCAUUUGCAAAUUCAUGCCGUUGGUUAAGUUUAUGCAAACAUAGUUUUGACUAUUAUGUGCUGUUUAGUUUGAACAACCCUCGCUCCAUUUUCUUUUUUCAAGAAAACACUGAAAUUUUUGUAUCCUUCAAGUUGUUAAGAGUUUUGGCAUUUGUUCCAUCUUCAUUCUUCCAAAGAGUGCCAAUGCACGUAGGGGAUUUAGUCUUUUUAAGAUAUUUAUCAGUAACACAAUGGUUUGAGGGUCUCAGUGAUGUAUUGUCAAGAAAUGUGAAUUUGCAGACACUUAUUGUUUCCGGUAGUGACAAUGAAUCACAAGUUGGAGCACCUACUCUCCAUUUGCCAUCAACAAUUUGGGAGUCACCACAGUUAAGACAUAUAGAACUUGACACUUCCUAUACUGUCAAUCCUCCGAGCAUGGUAAAAGAGAAUUUGCAAACAUUAUCUUGGGUGGCUCCGGCUCCAACUCAUUGCAAAAAGACAGUGUAUUCCAAUUUCCCAAACAUAAAAAUACUGAAAAUUUUCUAUAAAGUAGACUUAGAGGCCAGCCAAAUUAGUGGAUCUUCCAGCAAUUGCUUCAUUUUGGAUAAGUUGGACUAUUUAGGACGGCUUAAGAGUCUAACGAUUUCAGUUUCAGUUGGCUGCAUUGUAUCGCUUCCUGAAAAGUGUAUUUUUCCUUUACAACUGAAGAAGUUGAAGUUGAGUGAUACUAAUCUUUCAGGGAGGGAUUUAACAGUAAUUGGGAUGCUGCAAUGGCUUGAGGUACUAAAGCUGGAAAAUGCCUUACAUGAAAAAGUAUGGAAAGUAGCUGAAGGAGGAUUCUAUAGAUUAAGAUUGUUGGUCCUUAAAGAUAAAAAGCUCGAAAGGUUGGAGGCUUACACAGAUUCUUUCCCAUGUCUUGAGCACCUAGUCCUAAAAUGUUGUGAGUGUUUGGAAGAGAUAUCUAGCAGUUUUGGAGAAAUUUUCUGCUUCAAGUCAAUUGAAAUGGAUAGGUUUAGCCACCGCCCUUCCAUUGUUGCUUCUGCUAGGGAUAUUCAAGAGAAGCUAAAGAAGAAUUUUGGAAAAGAAAAUUUUGAGAUUAAAAUCCAAGGGCAGGGACAGGGGCCUGAAGAGUGUGUAGAAGAUGUUGAAAAGGCAAAUUCUGAGGCAGGCUGCAAUACUCUCAUCUCAGCUUGCUUUCCAUCUAAUGAUCAGAAACUGCAUAUCCCAAAGCUAGCAAGCAAUGCGAGCAAGUCAUACAUCCACAAAUUAAAGAAAACGAAAUGGAGAAAUGUGUGGUCGAGGCGCAAACCCAAAAGUGGGAAGAGCAACGUUUCCUGAACGGUACGUGUAUGUUUCCUUCACAACUGAAGAAAUUGAGUUUGAGUGAGACUAAUGUUUCUAGGUGGGAUUUAACUGUAAUUAGCUCAUUGAAACGUCUUGAGGUGCUCAAGCUGGAAAAUGCUUUCCAUGAAGAAGUGUGGAGAGUAGCUGAAUUGAAGGAGGAUUUUAUAGAUUAAUGUUGUUGCUCCUUAAAGAUAAAAAAAAAAAAAACUCAAGAGGUUGGAGGCAAGGCUUACACAUAUGUUUGGGAACGCCUAGUUCUAAAAUAUUGUCAUUGUUUAGAAGAGAUUCCUAAUAGUUUUGGAGAUCGAACUUUGAUUUUUGAAGUCAAUCGAGUUUGAUAGGUGGAGCCGCCCUUUCAUUGUUGCUUCUGACAGGGAUAUUGAAGACAAGCAAGAGAAAAUUUUUCAGAAAUCUAAUUUUGAGAUCAAAACCCAGGGGCCUAUAUAUAGGAAGAUGUGGCUGGCAGCACAAAGAUGAAAGAAAAUAUAUAAAAUGAAUCAUGUGGCAAGAGAAUUUGCAUGGCUGUGAUACCAAAUUAAAGCAUGUGCUCCAUCUCAACUAAAAGCCUAAGGUGAUAGUUGGACCGCACAUAUUAUAUUUAUGCUCACUGUAUGUAACCCAUUUCAUUUUGCUCAAAUCUACUUGGGCUUGCACCUCUGAUCUUUAACAGAUUUGUCCAUCUCUUUCUCUUUUUCUUUUUCUUUAAUUUGUGGAUGUAACAUCUUCUACCA